CUCGAUAACGAACAACAAGAACAACCAAGCAUAAAUAAUAUGGAGCUGACUUGGGAAGUUGUGUUUUGUUUGGGCGUUGCAAUCUUAAUUCACAUACUGAUAUUUGUAUUCGUAAUGGGUAAGCGAUCAAAAAGCAUUCUUGACCGUCAUGUGGUUGUUACCGGCGGCUCCAAGGGCAUCGGUCUUUGUUUGGCCGUGGAAUGUGCAAUGAAAGGCGCCAAUGUCACGGUAAUUGCAAGAGAUGAAAAAAUGUUGGAGGGAGCCGUUGCGCUUAUGGAAGUUGUACGCCAGCGUCCGGAACAGAAAUUUCAAUAUCGCAGCCUAGACAUUAGUGGCGACUACGAAGAAGUGGCCCGUGUACUCGGCGAACUGGAAAAGAGCGUUGGCGAUAUCUAUGCACUGAUCAACUGUGCCGGCAUGGCCAUUUGUGGACUGUUUGAAGAGGUAGCGGUUGCCGAUGUGCACAAAUUGAUGAAUGUCAACUUCUUUGGCAGCUACAAUUGCACGCGUUAUGUGCUGCCCAAAAUGAAGAAAGCCGGCGACGGUAUCAUUGUGCUAACCUCCUCCUUGGCAGCUAUGUUUGGCAUUUACGGCUACGGACCGUACUCGGCCAGCAAGUACGCACUGCGAGCCAUGGCUGAGACGAUCGCAAUGGAGUCCCGGGUGCAUGGGGUGUCCGUGACCUUGGCCCUGCCCUGUGAUACAAAUACGCCCGGAUUUGAAGAGGAGGAGAAAUCGAAACCGCGAGAAACGAAGAUCAUUUCCGGUGGCGGUGGACUUAUAGAGCCUGAGGUCAUGGCCAGGGCAAUACUUAAGGAUGCUUUGAAGGGCAACUUUAUAUCAACUGUGGGCGCUGAAAGCUGGCUGAUGACGAUGCUGGGCGGUGCAUUGAUACCCUGGGAUGGCUUCUUUACAAAUCUGCUGCAUUCUAUAGUCAUUGGACCUAUGCGUCUGUUUAGCUAUGGACUUCACAAGUACUUUAAUAGCGUCAUACGUAAAUGUGCCAAAGAAGAUCGGGCUUCCAAAGCCCUCAAAGCAGAGGAACUGAAAUGACAGCACCGUUCUAAUUUUAACACAUUCGUAUCCCCAUCGUUGCCUUUCCAUUACUUAUUAAUGCAUUUAGUAUUCUGAAAACCAAAACCAAACAAUCCAAUUGACUUAAAAAAUUAAUUUAUUUAAAUUUAUCAUUUCUUAACUAUUUGUGUACUUUUUCACGCUUUUGUGUGCUUUGUUUAAAUAAAAGAAAACAAUUUUUAGUUGCUUUUAGUAGCAAUAACUG